AUGGAUUCCAAAAAGCUAUAUUUUUUAGUUGGAUUGACUGGAGGCAUUUUUCUUUCUUUUCUAGGUUAAAAAAUGCUUUAAAGAAGAGAUAAUAAAAAUAAACAGUCUUAAAAAUAAAAUCAUUCAUAAGAAGAAGAAGAAGAGUUACUUAAAGAAUAAUUAGUGAGAAAUAUAUAAUUUUUUGGUGAAGCAUAAAAUAAAAUAGCAAACUCUCAUAUAAUGGUUAUUGGAGUAGGAGGAGUAGGAAGUCAUGUGGUAUCUGCAAUAUCUCGUUCAGGAGUAAAAAAGAUUACUAUUAUUGAUUUUGAUAGAGUCACCCUUUCAUCUUUGAAUAGGCAUGCUAUUGCUACAAGAAAAGAUGUAGGUAAAUCAAAAGUUGAAAUAUUCACUGAUUUUAUUGCAUAAUUGAAUAAAACUAUUAAAUUAACAACUAUUGAAGCAUAUAUUACUCCUGAAAAUAUUGAUACUUUAUUUUAAGGAGGUAAACCUGAUUACGUGAUUGAUUGUGUAGAUAAUAUUGAUGCUAAAAUAUCUUUAAUAACUCAUUGUGUCAAAAAUUAAAUUAAAAUUAUUGUAUGUUGUGGAGCUGGAAUGAAAUGUGAUCCAACAAGAAUUCAAAUUAGAGAUAUUAGUGAAUCUCAAAAUGAUGAUUUAGCAAGAGCAAUAAGAAUGAGACUCAAAAAAUUUGAUAUUAGAACUGGGUUUAAUGUAGUCUAUUCCACUGAAGUUAAUGACAAACAAUUACUACCAUUACAAGAGUAUUGUUUUUAAUUAUCAUUGAUAGACAUUAAAAAGGAGAUCCAGAUAAAUAUAGAGUUAUGCCUAAUUAUAGAUUAAGAAUAGUUCCAGUUUUUGGUUGUAUGCCAGCAUUAUUCGCAUAAGCAUUAUCUGCUUAUGUAUUAUGUGAUAUUGCUGGUUGUCCUCCAAUAACUUUAUGCUAAAAUGAUAUUAAAAUGCCAUAUUUUAUUUAAUAAAUGUAAUUACUAGCUUAACAAGCCAAGAAAAAUAAUGUUGAAUUACAAAUAGAUAUUGAAGAUUUAGUUGUUAUUUAUAAAGCUUAUAACGGUUUUUGCUUGGUUAAAGGUAUAUCUAAUUCUAUUAUAAAGAUAAAAAAACUAGACCUUUAGAAUUUAUAUAAUUUGACAAACUACAGGAUAUAACUCCAAAUAAUAUUAUUUUAUUAUCAUCUGAAGAGGCUAAAAAACAUAAAGAAGGCAAAAUGAUUUAUUCCCAAAUCAUUUUAGAAAGAAAAUUAAACUAUGAGCAAAUUAUUCAAAAAAACUUAGGAAAGAGAAUAUUUAUUUGAUAUUUGCUUUAAAGCUUUUGAUAUUUUAUGAUAGAG